CCAGCCUUUUAAUAUGGCCGCUACAGGCAAGAAGUCAAAGAAGGCAAAAUGGAUCAAAGCCGACAUCACAAGCAUUAUAGCAGAACCGACCACAAUCGCAACUACCAACAAUUGGGCGAACGCUGCAGAAGAUGAAACGGAAAAUUUUGGAUAUGCAUCGCAUACACGGGCACCAGUUGUACUGCCUUCAGCUUCUCGUGCAGCACGAGGAGGCUUGGCAGUUGAUGAUGAGUCAAUACCACAUCGCCCCCCAUUUAUUGCACACAUCUCUAAUCUGCCUUAUGAUGUUGAAGAAAGUGCUAUUGCAGAGUUAUUUGCUGACCUUAAGGUUACCAACUUAAGACUUCCAAGAGAGGGUGACAGACUCAAAGGUCAUGGAUAUGUUGAUUUUGAAGACAGAGAAAAUUUAAUUGAAGCUCUCAAUAUGCCAGACUUGACAAUAGGUGGCAGGAGAGUACGAAUUGAGGUGUCUACUCCAGAUGACCGUCGAAUGGGACGAAGUGGACGCUCUGAUAGAGAUAGGGACUAUGACCCUGAGCGUACAAUGGGUGACUGGCGCUCCGGACCCCGCGCUGUACCCGACGCGCCCGGCCGCCCUCGUCCUCCCAAUGACAGAGAACGAGAUCGGGAUCGGGAUCGCGAAAGAGACUCGAGUGCAGAUAACCGUCCGGGAGCCUGGCGCGACGCCGAGCGAGCCCCCGAGCCCGCGCGGGCCCCCUACGGCGGGAGGGACUCCUUCGGACGUGACCGCUAUGGAGAGGAUAGAGGUAGAGAUCGGGGUUAUGGUGGACGAGAUGGAUUCCGUGCUGCACCAGACCGUGAAGGAGGAUUCAGCAGAGAUAGUAGAGGAUUCGGCGGCAGAGGUUUUGGCGAUCGUGAUCGUGACCGGGACCCACCUCCAAGAGAAGACACAAAACCUCGUGAACGUCCUAAGUUGAAUUUGUUACCGCGCACUGUGCCUCGCGAGACCGAAGCCCCCACCAAGCCCGCCGACGGAGCGCCCCUGGAGGAAAAACAAGAGAAACAGGCUCCGAAGCCGGUGCCUGCUGAAAAAGUGUUUGGCGGCGCUAAACCUGUUGACACUGCUGCUAAGGAAAGAGAAAUUGAAGAGCGUCUACGAAAACAGGAAGAAGAAGCCAGACGCGUUGCUGAAGAAAAAGAACGUUGGGGGGGACGUAGAGUACGUACUUUAAAAUAAUAACAAUCAAACGUUUCUUAUAAUUUAACUUCUACUAACAUAAUUUAUUGUCGAACAGAAUGAUCACUCUGGAGAUCGUCGUGGAGGUGCUAGAAGAGGUCAGUAUCAAUUUACAAAUACACUUUAAUUACUUUUUAUUAGAAGUAGGUAUACUUACAUUUUUCACGAAAAUGACGAGUAAACAUAUUGGUGCUGGUAGUGGU